UGGAACAGAUUAAACUGGUAUCUGGGGGUUCCAGUUUACUCAUGUUCUCUGAAUGUCAGAAAAAAUCAAGAUAAACUGAAAAAUAUUUGUGCACAAAUUGAUGAAAAUGAGAACUUUAUUGAUUCCACAAAACAGGAGGCAUCAAGUAUGUAGUUCCUCUGGGGCUCGAACCCAGGACCUUCUGAGUGUAAGGCAGUUGUAGGAUAGGGGAUAGAUAACCACUACAGUAUCACUACACAUUCUCUAUAAUCUAUGGAAAAUACUAGUGAUCAAACAACAUAGCCAGAUGAACAGAAAGUGGGCGGAGCUUUUACCACCAAUGGUUUAUUUCAUUUAAUUUCAGCUCAUUUUGAACCCAGGAUUCAUACAUGAGACCCAUGAAGUCUUCGAUGGUUGUGGGUAAAAACUGUUACGGAGUAUGGGGUAACUGGAUGGGCACAUGUUGAUCAGUUGGACUAUGAGUAUUGGAAACAUUCCAGGUUUUCUAGAAGACUGCCAAGAUGGCUGCCAACAUGGCGCUAAGAUAGCUGCUAACAUGGCUGCUAACAUGCUUACCUGAGAAGCCCGACUGAUUUCAAUCCUCUCUAAAUCACAUAAAUCCUUAAAAACACCACUGUUUUAUGAUCACUUCUAGAAAAAUAUCAUCCAUUAUUUUACACUUCCUGUGUUUUUUUUAAUCAAAAAAACUUAAAUGUUUGCAUUUUGUUUGGAUCAAUUCAAGUUUUACACACAGGCUUCGGGCCUAUGACGAUGACUCCACAGUCUCUAAGAAGUGAUGAAGAUCCAGUCACCUCAGCUCUGUGAUCCUUUUUAAGGAUUCAUUCCAACAACAGGAUCGUACUUUGAAAGACUUUGUUCAAAUGUUUAUGGAUUCCUUCGACCAAAGACCGGACAGGUGUUCUGUGGACAUAGGGCCUUCACUGCCCUCGGAGUGAUGAUGAGGAUGAUGACGACGAUGACGUUAAAUCUGCCAUGAGCCAAUCAUCAUCACAAUGUCAGCGGUUGGAGAUCAACUUGUUGGAACUAAUCUACGCAAAAUGGAGGAUACGAUUCAACAGUUGGAAAAUCAGUUUCCUGGAAACAACCUGGACUUUAAUGGAUUAGCAGAGACCAACCAGGAGGAGCGGCCUGACCCUGAAGAACAGGUCAUUUCACCGAGUUAAAAACCUUCGGAAGAAAAUGUGACAACGCAGAAAGUACCAGGAUUUAUAAAAGCCGGGGUUGCAUGGUUGAAGACAAUGUUUGAAUCCUUGCACAAGCGUAUCCAGGAAACCCUGGUGGAGAGGAGAACCCGCAGAGCCAGACUGGUGACCAAAGAUGGCCGCUGCAACAUCGAGUACGGAAACAUCAUGUACAGCAAACACUUUGCCUUCCUGGCCGACUUUUGGACCACUUUUGUGGAAAUCCGAUGGCGUUUUGUUCUUCUUACCUUCAUUGCCUCCUUCACCCUCAGCUGGUUCAUUUUUGGCCUGCUCUGGUACUGGAUUGCUCGCAGUAAUGGAGACCUGGAGUGGCAAAACCCAACAAAGGACCACGUCCCGUGUCUUGACAACGUCAUGGGUCUCACCACAGCGUUUCUAUACUCUCUCGAAACCCAGACGACGAUCGGGUACGGAGGACGAGCUCUAACCGCGGUCUGCCCCGGAGCCGUGGCUCUGCUCAUAAUCCAGUCCCUGGUAGGAGCCAUCAUCAACUGCUUCAUGUGCGGAGUCAUCCUCUCCAAAAUCUCUUUACCUAAAAAGAGAGCAAAGACCAUCCGAUUCAGUGAAAUGGCCGUGAUCUGCCCCAAGGGCAACUCUCUGUGUCUGUCCAUCAGGGUUGCCAACCUACGAAAAACCCUGAUGAUUGGCAGCCAGCUCUACGGCAAGCUGCUGAGAACCACCUCCACGCCCGACGGGGAGACCAUCAUCAUGGACCAGAUGAACAUCGACUUCAUGGUGGACGCUGGGAAGGACAACCUCUUCUUUGUGUGUCCUCUCACGCUGCACCACAUCAUCGAUAAGAGCAGCCCGUUUUUCGAUAUGGCGGUGGACACGCUCCACAAGCAAGAGUUCGAGCUGGUGGUUUUCCUGGACGGCACCGCCGAGUCCACCAGCUCCUCCUGCCAAGUGCGGACCUCUUUUAUCCCGCAGGAGAUCAUGUGGGGCUACAACUUCUUGCCCAUCAUUUCCAGAAGCAAAGAGGGCAAGUACCGAGUCGACUUCUCCAACUUCUCCAGGGUGGUUCCUGUGGCCACAGCUCACUGCGCCUACUGCUUUCACAACAUCAAGGGCCACCACCACCACUCCAUAAACGGACAAGACAACCAGAGCUUUGAGGUGAUCGACAUCAGCGAUCCCUCGAACGUCACCAAGUUGUAAAGUGAUGCCGAACCACGUGAACCAGUAAACAAUCUGGACCGGAGAGAGAACACGUCCUAAAGACCCUGACGUUUGUGGUGAACAAUGCACUGUGUAGCAUUUAAAUGUGGGGAGAAGACUUAGUGUCGUUUGUUUGUUUGUUAUCCAGUUAAGCCAUCUGUGUGGGGGCUAGGACAGUUAUUGUUCAGAUCUGUAUGUAACACCACGCCUGCCACUGUCUUUGAGCAAAAACCUGUUUUCAAAACAGAGACCAGGUCCAUCAGGGAGGGCAAGUCUUUCAAAGUACUCUUCUGCCCUUGCUGCUUUUUAAGAUGAUUAUCUUUGACCUUGCUCAUGUCGGAUCACCACCAGCUGAGAGACAGAGGCGAAGGAAGUGCAUUAUCCUCCGCACGUCCUACAAUUACUCGAAGAACCAUUUCUGUGGAGAUACUGGAGAAAAAGUUAUUCAAUUAUUCACACCACUUAAGGAACAAAAGGGAGGCGAGAGCCAUUAGAGUAUAAACUGGAACGGUUCAGACGCGGAGGCACUGAGGACCGGACUCAGGGACGAGUUGUUUAAUCUUUGUGUGAUGAUGUCACUGUGGUGUUCUUGAAUGUACCACAGGUUUUGAAGAUUGUAAACUGAAUGUCAUUUUUUGUAUGAAAAACAUGACAAAAUACACCGAAAUAAAAUAUAUUUUUGCAUUAAGUUCCACUGCUGUUGUCGUCAUUAGUUGUAAACUCAAUGGCCUGAUUAUUACAUAAUGUCUGUUUUGUUUUGUUCUAAAGGUCAAAUGAACACCGUGGCAGCUGCCGCCUCCUCGUCGUGGUAUUAAUCUGUAAACACAGAGAAGUUGUGACAUCAAACAGGGAUCAACACACGACACACUGAUGGGGUUUGUUGUUGUUUUUUUUUUUAGGAUAAAAGCCGUUGCUUACGACCCAUUAUUUUGCCUGCAGACUGUGAACAUGACACCAGAACUCUCCAUUUAAACACACUGUGUGCUAGCAUGGGGCUUUGACAGGUGUUGCUCUGGGUGGACCUCCCACUGUGACCUCUUUAAGGCAGUGCACGCUGUGUCACUCAGAGACGGAGAUGAGACAGUCGGCAGAUGGAUCCGUGUCUGUUCUAAUGAAUCAGGGGAUACAAAUGUGACGCAGACGCUUUGUUGACAACUUUUACCCAUUUUUAAGAUGAUAUUUUGUAUUCAUGGUAUCUACUGAUAAACCACUUUGCCAGACUGUCGCUGCCGUCUGAGCCAGAUGCCAUGUGUGCUCGUCUGCCAGUGGUUAGAAUUUACGGCUGUAUUCAAAAAGA